AUGAAGGGUAAUAAACCUGUGUUUGAAAGAAUCAGUUGCCUCUUCUACAGUCCAAGGGGCAGCUCAAGUAUUUGGGCCCACCCUAAUCAACCCAACCCAACUAGAGGCAGAGGGAGAGGUAGAGGAACUACUACAGGAAGAGGGAGAGGAGAAAUGCCAACUGGAAGAGGAAAUGUUGGAAACGGGACAACAGAAAUGCCAAACAAUUUCUCAUCAUCACAACCACUCCCAUCAUCAUCACAGCCACUGGUUAUAUCAUCACAGCCACUCUCUUACACUAGAGCUACAUCAUCAUCAUCACGACCACCCAAGUCUCCUGCCAAGAGAUUCAAGUCUCCUGCCAAGAGAGUGAAGGGUCCUGCCAGGAGAUUCAAGUGUCCUGCCAUGAAGCUUAAACCAUGGAUGUUUUGA